AUGCAGCCCACCGUGGACAAUCGCUACGGCACCAAAAACAAUGUGGUCGGGGUUAAGGAGAACGAGUUCGACUUCCUCAAUGCCAUCGAACAGGACAUUGCCAACAACAAGCACGAGGCUGACACCCCCUCCAACUCUGAUGUACGUUUAUGUCCGCCACCCCACCGUCUUCGACCCUCUCCCCCCACAUCGUUUUUACCGUUUUUUGCUGCCACAAAACGGGCGAGACUGGGAUGGCAAUUUACCGUCUAUUUGUCGCCGUCUUCCAACCAAAACCGCAAGCUUUGGCCCUGGGGGUGGAUCCGAAUCCAGACUCUGGUCAUUGAGCGUUAGAACAAAACAACCGACUAUUGGGCCUCAAUUGGAGAUAUUAAGUCACGUGAGGGAUGACGACCAUUGAUAUGUCCCGGUUGUGGGACUCCGUUUUUCCUCAUACUUCACCGGUGGUCGCAUGGCAAUAAGCCCUCAGGGGUGGAGAUGUACUACGGCCAGAGACAGGGGGGGACUGGAAUGAUCUCAGUUUAUUGGUCGACACUUCCUGUGUUCACUUGCAAUUUGAUAAAUUUGCGGCUGCGACACCUUUCUCGGCCAGUGUCCUACUUUGACGACAAAGUCGGCGCGACUCGUGAAAGACACUGCGAGCUGGGCACCAGUUUCUGAAGUGAGUGCUCUUCACCUCGGGUGCGCAAAGUGCGUGAACCGUGCCGUGUUCGGGUUCUUAGUAAAUGGUUUUGGUUGGGGGGGGGGGAGGUGCGAACCUGUGGUCGUUCCGCGGCUGCAGUCAGGAUAGGUAUCAGCAUAAAUAACUUUCCAUUCGCUAAAGCUGUCAUCGGAGACCACAGUUUGAUACAGUCGGCAACUGUUUAGGUUUUUGAACGGUCAGUGGGUGUGUACGUACAUAUUCACUCCAUCUGGCUUCAUUUAACUGCCAGUGGUGUCAUGCAGUGCACUUCAGCAACGACCCGUUUUAUGGGACUGAUGGCGACGAGGCAGCCAUAAUACUUUGCAACCUAAACUCUGCAACAGAAAAAAAACAUGUUUAAAGGGAGAAGUACUGACAAAGACAAAGACGACUGGGAUGGCCAUUUCUGGCUUACUUCUUGCUAUGACAGUUCGACCGUCGAUGUCCACCGUGCGCUGCACAGUUAGAUGAAGCAGGCACGGUGACUUGUGCGUGAAUUAGUUUAAAGUGAUAGUAGACCUGCGCAGUAUCUACCGCACUCCCUCCUCCCCACUCCCUACCUGGACUUGAUGCCAAGACAGAGUGCUGAAGACCGAAGGCAGGGGAGGGUGGAGGUGGUUGGCAGGGCCGGACCCGCACCUAGGAGCGCCACCACACCCCCUAGUUCACAAAAUACACUUGGCCAGUAUUUUUCACCAACAACAACUAUAACAACACCCUAACAGGGGUUAGAAGGACGAGAAUGAUGACUAGGCGGCCAUGCCCCCCACCUGUAUACCCAGCGGGAGCGCAAGCACAUCUGCCGGUAGGGAACCAGGUGUCAGGGAACUACUAGGACAUACCAGACUGCGAGGGCUGUGGUUUGCUGAUACUGGAAUAGCACACGCUUUCAAACCUUUUGACCACUUCUUGCCAUACGACGGUCCAAGAGGGCUCAACAAGAGAAGCAUGCAACGUAACCCGAUCGGCGAACCCACUUCCACAACCGCAGUAAGUUUUCCCGAUCAAAACCGACAGGACAGUGGGCUCGUGGCGCGAUGGUAGAGCGUUGGACUUGUAAACGCUCGAGGACCAAGGGACCCUGGUCCGGAUCUUGGGUCCUAAAACAAACCGGGGAUUGGUUAAGGCUGGCCGACGAUUGACAAUAAACCAGGAACGGCCAUCCCUGUUCCCCCGUCCUUAUCGGUGUUCUCUAUACAUAUAAAUUGUUGCUUUGCGACUGUCCGUGAGGGCUCUGAUUGAGCCCAAGGCGCAAGGGUAUGAGCAUACCUCGCAGCCCGAUCAGCGAACACACUUUCAUCACGGUAUUCUCUUUGUCGUCAUUAGCCCAUCCGACCCAAACGCUAUGUGCUGACGCAGCCGGGAUUCAAUCCCGGAUUCAGUGGGAAGAGGAGGGGGAGAGAGAGCGCUCUAAUUUAACACCUUUUUUACUUAACCAACUUCUUUUGAAUGUUCUGCUGCUAAUGCGCGAUUUCUGUCUUCAUAGAGAUCAGAGUUUUCAACUUAAUUCACAGUAUGCCAGAGUUUAUUAACCGUUUUAUUGUCUGUUCGAAUCUCGAACUCUCCUGACAUUGAAGAAGGAGAAACGAUCGCCGGGACAUUCCCUGACAAGAGAGGCCAACCACGUCAAUUCAACCCCUUUAUUUGCAGACUUCUUGGCCCAUCUCGCUCUCUCCCCCACCCCGCCGCCUUGUCUGUUCAUUUUGAGCAAACGGGUUGAAAUGUUAAUUCGAGAAAGUGACUUCCAUCGGCUCUCGACCGAAUUGGAACAAUCCUGUUUCUGCCGAUCAAGCGUGUCCUACCUAUGAGGAGGGGCAUAAACCCGGUCCUACCUUCAGACGUCGUCAACACUACACCAUGCCGAGAAGAUAUGGUUCCCCUUUUCAAUCGCCCGGUAGUUCCUUCAUCGUCUUUAUGGUCAAGGACGUGUAGGGUGUACAUAUGACAGUUCGGUCGCCGUUGCCGACGAUGCCCACCGUGUGCUCCUUAUCAGGGCGGGGACUUGUGCAUCUGUUUGUUUAAAGUGAUAGUAAGCUUGCACAACAUCUACCCGUUUCUGUUACUAUUUCUGAAGAAGGGUUCAAACGAGAAUCCGAAACGUUAAGCAAAUAAAGCUCUUGUUCCAGCGAUCGCUUCUACUUCUUAUCAUCUAUUGCAUUCUCUCUUCCUGGCCCACCUGUAUCCGUUGUCAAGGCGGAGUCAAGAAAACCGGAGAGGGGGUCGGGGGCAGAUAGCUGGCACGGCGAAAACCCGCACCUAGGCGUGCUGCCACACCCCACUGGUCCAUAACGUACACUGACCAGGAUUUCGCACAAGAAGUAAAAACGCGGAGGGCGGCACGAAUUCCAAAUGGCACGGCGUGCGCUUGCAACUAGACCUUCCGUCACACCCCAAAUGUUUAUGGGCACACAUUCCCGAUAACGCCUGCCGGAAUUCGAUCUAGCCCCCAUGUUGGUCCAGCGCAUUUGCGGCGUGUUUCCUUUUAGGAACGCACACACAGUCUUCCCACAGGGCCAAAAUCACCGUUAGCGCAUGCAGUCUCCGUCUCAUCCACAGUCCGACACCCGGUUUCGACAAUGUCCACCGUGUGCUCAACAGCAGGGUGAGAGCAGGCCCGGCGACUUGGACGUGAUUUAGGUUAUAGCGGUAAUAGACUUACGCCGCAUCUAGCGCCCUGUCCCCUCCCCCACCUGGACCCGGUGUCAAGCCAGAGUUAGGAAGACCAGAGGCGGGAGAGAGCGCGCACGUGGUUGGCACGGCCGGACCCGCACCUAGGCGUACCACCACACCCCCUGGCCCACAGUAUACACUUGACCAGAACUGUUGAACAACAACAAAAGGGGGCGACACGGACCCCACUUGGCGCAAAUUCAGCCGGCAACUUGACGUGUUACCACAACCCAAAUGUCGGCAUUUGUUAUGGGUACGCAUUCGCAAUAGCGCCUGCCGGACUUCGAUCUAAUCCCCUGUUGGUCCAGCGCAUCAAUCACGUGACCCCUUUUUGUAGCAGGGAAGGCUGCACAGCAGGGUUGGCUUAACUCUCCCAUCAUGUCGCACAGGAGACCAGUGGGAGCCCAGUCAACUCCUUCGGACACCGUGACCGACGCAGCGUGUGUCCUCGUCCCACAUGUGCCACAUACCUAAUUAAGAAUCCAGCCCAGCCCUUUUUAAACGUCUGCGCCUCCAUUUUCACAUAGAAUAGCCGUCGGAAAAGCACGAGAAAGGAUAUGCUUUAACAGGUCUGCGCAGUGGAAAGUGCGUAUCUGUCCUGCCCGGCCAUAAUCGCGUGUGCCGCAUAAUUUUUGCGUAACCCGGGACGAAUGGUCACGCCUUCUCCGCCUCUGGACGCUUCUGAUGGCCUUUGGGUGUUAAACCGAGCAGAGGGUGCGUGCUGUGAGGCAAUGUGUUUUGCGCAACCUCUGGGGCAUUUCCUUCACGAGCCACAUGUCCCUUCUGCUGUCACGGGCGUUUGCAGUUCAAUUUCAAAGAUAAAUGAAGCUUUGCCUACACUUUGAUAUUCUUAAGCGGUUACUGCCUACUUUUUACUUGAGUCCUCUUUUAAAAGUCGCUUUUCACUUCCGAGUAUUAUUUUUUUCCACUCUUGUCAGACAGUCUGUUAAAGUGGCCGUAUUUUGUGAAGUGCCCCUUAGUGACUUCCUGUGAGACCAUCUGUUUCUAGUUUUUCAAGUAAACUAACAGUAGUAGUUGCUAUUCUGUGCUUUUGGUUGUACGUUAGCAACUUUUCGAUCCUUGUACUGCAACGGAAAAUCUAUCUAGUACCCAGUAAUGCCCCGAAAAACACGUGCUAAAAGACGAAAGCUUGUGGCCUUCCCACCGUCUCUGAGUGCUAGAUUCGUGGCCGGAGACGCAGCAGGUGUCAGCAUGUGUUCGCUGCCUUCUGUGGAUAUGGUUAACUCAAGAAUCCCUUUAGUCCAAGUAGAACCUCUUGACCCCUUAAUCGUCCAAAACAAAGCCUCUGAUAGUCGUGAGAGAACAUCAGCCGACGACAUAAGCAGCACUUCUGAAAAAGUAAUGGAACAACCGUUUAAAGUUAUUGGAGUUAUAAGCUCGGAAACCAAGGAGAGAAUAAAACGAAGGCAUAAUUUUGUACUGCGAAACAUUCCGAGUCACUUAUCUGCUAUAGAGGGAGCGCAUUUGUCCCUGCAAAGUUGUGGCUUGGGUUUCAGUGUCGCACAAGCUAAACGAAUGCGCUCGUUCAGCCGAAAUGUGCCGAUACUAGUCACCCUUUUCUCCUUGAUAGAAGUCAAUUUUAUCUUGUCGACGAGGGGGAUAACUAGAGAAUUAUGCUGUAAAUGGCACUGCUCAGUUUCAACGGACCUCACACCAAGGCAACAAAGACUGAGCAAAUUGAAAUUGUCAAAAACCAACACCGACAUAAUGGCACCUAUUGCCAGUUUGAAUAAGUCUCCCUCGUCAUCAUCUGCGGCCUCUGUACGUCAUGGCAUAGUCAAUUCCGUAGAGAAUUCGACUAUUCUUGAUGCUGAGAUCUUUAAACGCAGCAAUACGCCUGGUAUAAAAACGUCCCUACCGACUCCCCCAGCAACCCCUAGCAAGCCGAAGCAUGUGCCUACGUCAAAGGUGAAUCCAAAUGCCGUAUCAGCCACUCGGGCACGAGGUAAAUUCAGCUCCAGAAUGAAAUCGUUUCCCCUGCAGUCGCCUAACAAUGCCUCAGACAUCACGGUCCAAAACUUGGCAUGUUUCCAACUACUCCCCAACCCUCAUAUCGAAGCAGUUAGGCCGAUUAUGCCCAUAUUCCCGCCUUUUAACAGAAUUCUUGCUCCAGUUGAAGCAGUGCGCCCCCCCCCCCCCCCCCCCCCCUUUUUUCUCAUUGGCCGUUUUAAGAACGCAUUCCUCAUGCUCAUGUUCUAACUGGGCCACUUAACUCAUCCGCUCCUCAAUUUCGUUCCGACGGAAUACGUUACAGUAUCCGACCCGUGGAUUCCCAGCUGAAAAUGAGCUAGCUAACAAUGGUUACCCGUUCCCCUGCCUGUCAUUCUCCCCCCUCCCAAAGUCCCAUUCCUUUUUAUUCACGUCAGCAUUUUUUCAUGACACACCAUGUUUUGCAGAACCGGGUGGGUGCAUCCGGACCGUGUGUUCCGUGGGUAGCCAAGCGCUGGAUGACAUAGUCCACCUCCCUCAGAAACAAACAGCCUUUUCCCUCGAACAUUUGUUUUAAAUGCCAGAUCCUUGCUGGACAAGAUGCCCUUGUUUCAGACUCUGGUGUCCGUCCAUCGUCCGGAUAUUGUUUUAAUAACGGAGGCAUGAACAUCAGCUUCCGUACUUGAUUCCGAACUCUCUCUUCUAGGCUAUACCUUCAUUCGAAAUGAUCGUCAGGACAUUGUUGGCGCUGGACCUCCAGCACUUUUCCGCGGUAGAAGGCAGCUGCUGGCUCCAGGUUUCACUCAAAAAUAAGUUUUUCUUACUCGUUGGCUGUGUCUAUCGCCCUCCCAACGUCAACGACAAUUUUGAUCGUUUACUCUCAUUGGCAUUUCAUGCUGCGGUCGACUUAAGCUUUAGGCAUCAAACGGUUGCAGGUAACUUCAAUCUUCCUGAAGUCCGCUGGUCUCCGCCUUCGUAUGUUAAUGUUUGCACUGCUAAACUGUACGAAAUUUUGGAUCCGCUUACUUGCCGUUUUGCCCCUCGUAAGAAAAUAAUUAAUGUCGGGACGAGGUUUUCCUACCCAUAUCCUUUCGCCGCAGGUUGCGCAGACUUUCUCGUCGAUUCCAUCUUCAAAAUGAUGUUUCCUUUCUGCCCUUGAUUUGUGAUAUUUUUGAGCGGACUAAAAGAUUGUCCGAUGAAAAACAGCUAGCCGAAGAGGUCCAAUUCACUGAAAGUCGUUCGUUAAAUGUCUCGAAACCUUUCUCCCGAAAAGUACGAACUUACAGGAAGACACAGCAUCUUGCCAUCCGAGACGCCCUCGUGAAUCCUAUAGUUGAUGCUCUGUUAACCGCUCAUAGUUUCAACGCUUUCCUGUUCAAAGCAUUUAUUAAAAACUCGACCACUCAGCUUCUGAACCAUCCAGGCAUUGACCGGGGCAGUUCUCGAAACUAUAACUUUCACUGUAUUGGAUGUGACUGUUGCGAUUCGGCGUUUUCGUCAAUCUCAUAGUCCUGGGCCUGAUGGCGUCCCAGUAAGCAUUCUAAAAGCGGAUGCAAAGGCAAUUUUUGCAUCCCUCUUAUGCAAGAUAUUUAAUUUCGCCCUUCAAAGUGAAACCUAUCCUACUUCGUGGAAGGAAUCACACGUUUAGCUCAUUCUGGAGCAUGGUCAGUCUACGUUAUUUGAUGGCUUUCGGCUAAUAAACAACCCACCGGCAUUUUCUAAGAUCUUACCGACACCGGCCAAAUAUGCGAUGCUGUGUCACUUAACAGAGAAUAAAAUUCUGGGCACUGCACAGCAUGGAUUCCUUAAAGCUCGGUCUUGUGACAUCUGCCAACUCUCUUUCUUUGACCAUUUUAUCCAAUCUAGUGGCAAUGGAUUUGCAAUUUACACAGUAUAUUUCGAUUUCACUAAGGCUUUUGAUCGUGUUGACUAGGUUAUUCUUCUCUUGAAAUUGCCCUCUUUCGGCAUAGGUGGCAAACUUCUGAAUUUUAUAUCCUCUUACCUGGACGCUCGUACAAAACGAGUUAUGAUUUCCAAUGCUAUGUCCAACCGCACAUGUGAGAGGAGUGAAGUCAUUCAGGGUAAGGCACUCGGCCCGCUUUUAUUUAACCUUAUUUUUAACGGUGUACCCCAUUUAUUUCAAAAUGGCAAGCCCAUCAUGUAUGCCGAUAAUCUGAAAGUUGCAUGUAGGUAUAAGCCGGCAGAUCGUGACAUAGGGCUUGAGCUCCCAAAGAACGACCUACAGGCCUUCGUGCAUUGGUGUUACACAUGGCGCCUUUCUCUUUCUUGGCAUAAAUGCUCAAUCAUAGUGGUUGGCGACGACCAACAACCUCAACUAAGUAUUGACGGUCACGACAUAAAUGUGCCUGGGAUUAUUAAAGAUCUGGGCGUACCAUGCUCCAAGAGUCUAAAUCUUUCGGAACACUGCGCCCUGAUAGUCUCCAAAGCACGUAGAACGACCGAAUUUAUCCUCCGAAAUCUUAAAACUAACAAUAUUAGAAUGCACAUUUAUAAAAUUGCGUUACACCCGUGGCCUGGAAUACUGUUUAUUUUUAUUUAGCCUCAUGCGUGCUGCUGAGCGAAAGAAAAUAAAACCCGUCUAAUUUUUUUACCAAGAGAGUUUAAACCGCAGAACACUGACAUUUGUCUUACCAAGAAUGUUGCCGGCUUACAGGCUUUGACUCUUUAUAGUUUCAUAGAUUACAAAAGGGACUAUUUUUACUAUUUAAGCUUUUAUAUAAUCGUACCUUUAACCCACUCACUGCUGUAAGACAUCUUGUCCACCCCCGACGUAACAGUCACCGUGAGGUCUUUUUAUCUCUUCCUCUGGCUCGUACCGUUAAAUAUCGUCGGUUCAUUUCUGUAAAUGCAAUUGCUAUUUGGAAUGAAAUACUCACGAAUGUGAAGAUUCUGCAGAAUUAUCCUUUGCUUAAGGGGACUAUUACCCAAUUUUUGCAUUCAGAAAAACUCCCACAAAUUUUGGGUGCUGAAUCCACUGAUCGACUAUACCGUAGCGACGGCGUUUGUGGCCUCUAAUCUCUAUGCCCGGUCUCAUCAGGGACGAUUUCCUUAGCCAACAGUAACAGCUGUUCUUCGGUGUUUCUGUUCGAACCAGCCCCAACUUCAUGAAAAGGAUUGGCAACUGAUCAUAUCCAACAUAGGGCUACCCCUCCCUUUCUUGACUGUCGGCAUUUCAUGGGCAGCAGUUUUUUUCUCCUGAACCCUGCAAACUAUAAAAAAUCACCAUCAACUUUAUUUUUAUGUACUUCUUGACGGAAAUUUUUUUCACUGUUGGCCGCAUUUGUAUCUAACGCUUCCCUGACAGUGCGUGUAAACUGGCAUUAACUGCAAUUAUGAUUAUUACUAACUCAGCGAAUGGAGUAGUCAAUGGCAGAUGCCCUUUUCACACGAAAAAUUCCAUCUCCUGAUUUUUGACCCACAAAACAUCCUCCAUAUUAUUCGAGAAUAAUGAAAUAAAGGAAGCGCAAUCGAUAAAAAACGGUGUCAGCCAUAUAAAUACCCUUGACCUAACUCCACACGUCCGACAAAUAUCACCGAAAUCCACUCGCCUGUGUAAACACAUAUGUAAGGUUUUCACCUUAAAUGCGCUAAGAAUAAAACUUUUCAAUAUGUACAUUUUACUUCUCCCAGAUUAUUGCUCAAGCUUUUUCGACAUAAUGCGCCCAGACGACUGAAGGCAUUCAGACACGUUUUACUGAAUCGUUGUCCAGAAAUGACGCCGUCCAGGGUCCAUACUUAGAGCUAUAUCAUAAAUACGGUCUUCGAUCCCUCUGGAUCAGAAGACUCCAAAAUAAUCUGAACUGCGUAUUCAAAGUGGCCCAUGAUCAAGAUAUUCUUAAAAUGAAUUUACGAAUGAACCAAAAAUCUCCCUGAAACACCAGAAUAAAUAAAUAUUUUUUAUUAAAGACCCGUCGGAUUUCCAUCAAAGCAAGUAGAAAUAAAUUUCCACAUGAAUUUUGGACGAAGUAGGCAGAAUCUGUACAAAAUGCAAUUCAUAGUUCCUGAAUUUACAGUCUGUUAAGAAAAAUGAUGAGCGAGCAGUGAAAAAACUCCAUUUAAGAAUUCGAAAAUGAUUGGAUUAAUUUUACAGGAGAAAAGAACUCUCGCUCAUAAUAAUAUAAAAAUGCGGACAGGAAUGUAUUGCAUGUGGCAGUAUAUAAUGGAUUAUAAUAGGACAUCGUCAUGGCAGAAAUAAAUGUCAGCUUUGAGGGGUACGUACGCGGGUCGGAGAGGUCUGGUCUGAAGGUGGUAUUGCAUUCGGGAUUCAGAACGGACAUCGUUAGGGUAGAAUUUAUACGCCGAAUAAGACUAUUCGCGUCAAAGUGGCCAGACGAGAGGAACCAUGACGCGAUCGGCCACAGUCCGCUUCGAGCCCAGCCGAGGAGCGGGGAAGGAAGGUACGACCAAACUACUAGUAGACGGCCAAAUUCGGAGGAUCCCACCAUCAGCGUCGACAGACAGCUUGAAGUGAAAAUGAGGGGGAUGGCAUCGACAACCGCAAAAUUCGUCGCUAUGAUGGAGAAGUGCUAACAGUGGACUAAGUGACCAAUUAAAAACAAAGGGCUUGUAGAGAUAUAAACGACGGUUUCCACUUGAUCUACCACUAAAUUCCAGGAGGACCCUUUUCGAAGUCAAGAAGCCGAGCGUUCGGGAAGAAGACGGUUAAAAGUGACUUUAUACUUUCCAGUGUAAGGUAUUUGCGUAAAUAGGAUUUAAAUACGGAUAAAUUAGGUGAUGUCCUAAUUUCUGGCGGGAGAUUAUUUCAACGGAAGGCAUUUUCGGAAGCAAAAUAGGGAGCACUUAGAUGGAGUGCGAAGAGGCGACGGAAUCACCAUGAGAAGUUGCGGGUGGCAUAAGACCGAUCUCUCGGAGUGAGAGUGUCAGUGAGCGGAAGGUUGGAGCUAGAGCUGAUGCGAAAAAGGAAGUAAAGGCCAGCUUCGAGUCUUCUAACAUACAAAAACUUAAUUUUUCGCCAGUUGACAUGUCUGAGUAUAAGAAGUGCCGGGGGCUACUUGAGAGAACAGUUUCCGAGUGAAAACACUCCGAACAUUUUCGAUCUUAUAGCGGUUGCAGGAGCUCAUUAAGCCAAGGAAAGGAAAGCAGUACUGGAAGACAGGACGAAAAAACAUUUGAUGGUUUUAGCUUCAUUUCCGGAAGGAAAAAAUUGUGAGACAUGAAUCCACAUGUCUGCCCGGCUUUAACAUGGAUUCUAUCUGCAUGAGGUGAUAAAGCAAGUUUAUUUGGAUAAUUUUAACCAAGGUCCUUGAUGGUAAAGUAUUCUGAGAGUGGGUUAUUUUGAAAAAUUGUGCGACCAGGAAGUUUGGUAGGAUCAAAAGACAUGAAACUACACUUGGAUUAUGAAAACUCCAUCUGCCAUGUGGAACCCCAUCUGCUUAAGCGCAGUAGAUCGGCAUAAAUUUUUUUAAAGACAAACAUUUAAGUUGUCUUAGAAUAUGAGGAAACACAAUUGAGGUCAUCGUCAUAAAUUAAAGUUUGUGAAUUUCUGAGUUCAGUCGAAAUAUGACCGAUGCAAGGAAGUACUCGGUGGAGUGGAACGCCAUCAGAGGCUCGUUUGAAGUCAGUGUAAGCGUCAGCGUCCCUUGUGUCUUUAUCUUACCAUCAGGAUUACUGUUCCGUUGAGUAAAGUACGCUGGUAAAACAGGAGUGGUCCCGACAAAAGUCACAUUGAACAUUGGCAAAGAAACCCAUAUCGUGAGGAACUGCAUAGUAGCUAUUAAUAACUCCUUCCAUAACUUUGAAAAACUGCAUGUUGGGCGCACCGGCUGACAGAUGUUAGCGCUAGUUCAGAGUCCACUCUUGUGAAAGAGACCUUUAUCCGCAACCUUCCAGUCACGUGGGUGGACGUUUCGACCAAAGGAAAAUUAGAAAAUAUACGAAAACUGCCUAGAGAGUACGCAAACAAGCUUUUCGAGCCUAUGUCGGAAUUGGAUCCGGGGCCAGAGACUCACAUUCGCUAAGAGCAAGAUGUUUUUCUUCACAUCUUCUUCUGUGAACUCGAUUUUUUUUAAUUGCUGCGUCGCUUUUUUCUGGCAGGCAAGUCUGCCUGGACAAAGUCGGUUUUAUCGGUGAAAACAGAUGUGAAAACGGCAUAGGUGCUCUGCUUUAUCGUCAUUUUCGGUUAUCUCUUCAUCAUUCCUUCCUUUCAACACUGCGAGCGUCUCUUUGUUACUUAACCUGCUGUCGAUAUACCUGAAGAGUAAUUUGACAUAUCAACGGCCCCUUCCAUAAGCUGCGCCUCGUGCUUCCUUCGCAAUCCACGCAUACUUGACCUUAUUUCGUCUCUAUUUUGGCGAAAGCAGGUGAAUUUAGUGUAACCUAAAAGGAAAGUGAGGAUUAGGACAUGUUAAUAUACUAAAAGUCCAGAUGGUUCGCCCUGAAUAUUCAAAACACUGUUUUGUUUAAAUAGGUUGAAAACAAAUGUUAUGAAGCAAAUUCACCAAUCGUUGCAUCGAUUUCCAUGUUUGUCCCGUCCGGACUGUUGAUCUUUUAUUUUAUGUGCUUCUGCAGUUUGUCAUAUUGUUUCUGAUUAUUGCUUCGUUCGGACACGCCCUACUUGUGUCCUCCUUCACGCAGGGCUUUCGUAACCGAUCGGCUCUAGCUAUUUUCCGCGUGUUUCUCUAACCACCCAGUGGCGGCCAGAGAACUCGAAUAAUGCUUAUAUGGCUACCAUAGACUCUGUAUUUCUUCCGCACUAUGGUUAUUCUGAUAUAGUUCGAGGUGGAGGCGCCUAGACUAGCUUGUUGCAUUUGUAAUCCAAACUUACUGGGUUAGGGUUGGGCGAAUAAGCCGCAAUUAAGUCCAUGGCGGGUCUCGUGGACCGUAUGAAACAACUAAGAAAGACGAUGUUGCGAAGGAUUAUCUGCCGUUCUAACGCAAUCACAUGCGAAGCCUACAAAUUUCUUGUAAAUUUUCGAGCCUAGCAGACGGGUUUUACGUAGUGUACCGUCAACUGGAGCGAGUUUUUUGGAAUCAUCGUAGUAGCGCAACUUGCAUGCAGGUCUUUAGGAGAACGUCCCGGUUAUUUGUGAGAGUUAAGCUGGCUCAGGGCGUAUGGAAUAACUUGGCGGUAAAUACGUCUGCUUCUAAGAUUGUUCGCCCAUAUUACGGCCGCAUACACACGCAGGCUUCCGAUGUAUUGCGAUUUUGAUGCCGCCUUCAAGUGAGCGAAAGCUGCUGGCCGCCUGCAAUGUUUUUGUUUUUGUUUGUGCAAUGCUUUUGUGUGCCCUAUUUUGCCGCUUCUUUCGCACAUUGUUUUUCUCCUGUUUCUGUUUUCUGUCCUUCGUUCCCUAUCAUUCACUUGCGGCUUCGCCGUUAGCAUUCCCCUUGCACCCUUUGGCGUUGCGGUUUGGUUUUCUACCGGUUAACUGGUCCGUAUUCUUGUGCAGGUUCCUGUGAAAUGCCAGUGGAAUCAUCCAGUUUACGAAUGUUCGGAUAACUACCUUGGUGUGCUCACAUCUUUGUUGCUCGCGAUUAAUUUGACCCUUUGUACUUGGCGUAGUAUGAAUUAUUGUUGUGUCAAUGCCGGUCUCUGAUGAUGCACAUGUUAGAUGUUCUCAAUCAUUUCUCUUAAUUUCACUAAGUCAUCUGCAUUGAUAUAUAGGCUGGUCACUCACGGGGGGUACACAGGUCUGCGACCGUCCACGUAGAUGUGCAGAUGUUCAGAAAAGUUGCAUCCCCCUGGAUUCUGGUGAGCUGCUAUGAAACGGGACAUUCUAAACGGAUCCGGCGUUUUUCCUAAUGCAUGAAUCGGUGAACCCAGCGGCUAAGCGGACCAGCAUUAAAUCAUGACCGUUGUAAAUGCGUGUACAAAAGGACCCUAUCUUUUUUUCACUGAUACCAGACUGAACCAGCCGUUCGGACACAGGAUGUCUUUCGAUCUUCCCGUUCUCAAACCCGAUACAAUCGAAGAGGUUUUCUCUGACAAGUGUCAGCGAAUCAACUUGGAUUAUUACAGCCUCUACCACUUUGAUGAACUGACGAUUGAUGGACGCAAGUACCAUUAUCGUCUCUCCUCCAACGGCGACUUUAUGACUGUGGUGGGCACCUUCAAUGGCCAGUCCGUCCUCAUGGUCUCAGUGUGGACGAACAUGGACCAUCAAAAGCGACUGCGAGAGAUCCAUCAGUGUAUUUUGAAGAAGGAGAUGCAGGGCGACACUCUGCCAUAA